CGCGGGAGAGAAAGAAGAAGGAGGAUUCAUUCGAAGUGCAUGGGUAGAAACGAAAAGGGCGGUGAAGAAACCAUCACCACCACAACCACAACAAUAACACGGGGCGAACAAGACGGGGUAAAAAAAGAAGAUUGAACACAUGAUCUCAGCCUCAUCGCAGAUCGGUCUAUCGGGACUGCAAUCUUCUACUCCUUUUCUCUCCCUGUCAAUCCUCUCUGGCUGCCCUGCAGACGGCCGAAAAAGGUCACACAAACCACCUCAUCGUACAUCGGCCAAUCUUACCUAUGAGUACGGAGUACCAGUCAUCUCCUGGUCUCCUUGGGCUCCGACAUGGCGGUCCAACACCUCUGAUUCCUCCAUUCCCUCCGUGAUGACGGCAACUUACAGCACUUGCUUGCAGCCAGCAACAUCGCCCGCGCCUGCUUAUCACCACCAGGGCAAUCUUCCUGACCAACAGUCAUAGAAAGGAUUUCAAACAGGCAAUGUAGACAGAGUUACACCAACAUAAUUGGUCCUCGAAUUAUCGUGACUGUCAGAAAAUGAAAAUAAUAAGAAGAAAAAUAAUAAU